AUGUCGGACUGUUUUGAUUACAGUAGCGAUGAUACAGAAGAUGAUGAUGAUCAAUAUGACGAAGAAGCAAUCAACUGUAAUGAAUAUGAUGACGACGAUUUCUAUAAUUCGGAUGAUCAAUACAGUAGAAGAAAUCAAUUAUCUGAUUAUGCGAGUGAAGAGGAAUCAUUCAAUAGUAAUGUUGUUGACUCGCCUGGUGGGAAAACCAUGUUGUGGAAACCUAUUGUUCCUAAAGAUUUUAUGUCAGAUGUAGAUGCUAUAUAUCAAUCAUUAGAGGAGGCGGUUGAAAUGUAUAAAUUAUAUGCAGAUAAAGUAGGUUUUGGUGUAAGGUUAAAUACAGUAACGAGGUUCGGUGACAAAACCAUUAAAAAAAGUGGAAGGAAUAAACGAAACUCAAACUUCAAAAUCACGGACUGCAAGGCAUUGAUAAAGUUUGAAAGGUUACAUAUGCAAACUAAUGCUUGUAAAAUAUAUGAGUGUGAAGAGAAUCACAACCACCCCCUAGAGACUAAAGAAGAAAGACAAUAUUCCAAAUGUGCACGACGACUUAGUCAUAAAGACAAGGAGUUUAUAGUGCGUUCAUCAACAUCUAACAUUGGUGCAACAAAGGCACAUAAGUUACAAGAUAGUUUGCAAGGAGGUUAUGAAAACGUUGUCCCUGACGCAAUUGAUUAUAAAAAUUUCAGAAGGAAGAUGGGAAACAUUAUAUGUGACAAGGAUGCACAACUGGUUGUUGACAAAAUGAACAUGAGGAAAGAUGAGUUACAUAACUACACAUUUGAGUAUAAAUGUGUUGAUAGUGUCUUAAAUGCAAUGUUUUGGGCGGAUGAAACCGAUAAUUUAUAUUACAAGGAGUUUGGAGAUGUUUCAGCCGAUUUUUUGAAAAACACUGAUUUUCAAAAGCGUUUUACGAAGCUUGUUUGGAAUGUCCACAUCGAGCCUAAAGUGUUUGAAUCAAGGUGGAAACUGCUUAUGAGAAAAUUCAAACUACAAGACAAAAGAUGGUUCAAAGACAUGUACAGGGAUCGAAAACUUUGGAUUCCAGGCUAUUUUAAAGACAUGCCACUACAUGGUCUAAUGAAAACUACUUCAAGGACUGAAAGCGUGAACUCAUUUUUUAAUAAAUACUCUAACUAUGGUAAUUUGCUUAUCUAUUUCAUGAUGAAUUACGACACCGCAAUUGGAAAGCAACGAAAUGCUCAACAGAAACUAGAACAUGAUACAAAAAAUGCAAAGCAUGAAAUGACGCUUCCAAGUGGCUUACUAGAACAUGCAGCUGCGGUUUACACUAAAAAAAAUUUCUAUGAGGUUGAACUAAAGUUGCCUGAAAAAGAAGUUAAAUGUUCGUGCAAUCACUUCAUACAUACUGGCAUUUUGUGUCGUCAUAUUUUUGUUGUAUUGAGAAACAACCAAGUUGAAGAGAUUCCAGAGCAGUAUAUUCUAAGAAGAUGGAGAAGGGAUGUAAUUUCCAGCCAUUUGCUUGCCAUGAAAUAUGUUGCCAUGGAAACAGAAGAUGACACCUUUAAACUUCUAACAAAGGCAUACAUCAAUAUUGCAUACUGCUUGGAUCAUUUCAAAAGAAGCAAUAAGAAAUUUUUGGAAUUUGUUGAAAAAACACGUACGUUGAAGCAGGCACCAAUGGAGUUUGGUAGUUCAAACCAAACAUCACCAGAUAACGAUGAAGAAGAAAUUAUUCGGAUGCUUGGAAUACGCAGCAUUCCUGAUGAAAUAAAUAUCCAUCCACCUGCAUCUAUACGUACCAAAGGUAGUGGAACUAAGAAAAGAAUGGUUAGUGCUAUUGAGAAAGCCGUUGCAGCUGCAAAGAAAAAAACCAGAAUGUGCACAGGCUACAAUCAAUAUGUUAACCAUAAUUGGAGGACUUGCAAAGUAAGACUUGCACGAGAGUCAAAAGUAGAUUAA